AUGGAACCAAGAGGACUAGGGGACAAGUUGGGUGGUUUAGUUGCGUUUGCCGUGGUGGCGGUGGUGGUGCUUAUAUCGGCAUUGAUCGUCAAUGUCUCCGGUAACUUGGUUUUUCCGGUGAGCCACAAGUUUAAUGGUAGAAAGGGAGCGCCUUUGAGUGAAUUUAAAGCUCAUGAUGAUCGCCGUCACGCUAGAAUUCUCAAGGCCACCCAAAAUGCUGUGGACAUGGUUUUAGGUGGCAACGGCCAUCCUUCUCAAGAUGGGCUCUACUUCGCUAAACUAGGCAUUGGGAAUCCUUCAAACGACUAUUACUUGCAAGUUGAUACCGGAAGUGACAUAUUUUGGGUGAACUGCGCAGAGUGUGGCGAACACUGCCCAACCAGUUCUAAAAUCCAGGGUGUUAAACUCACACUUUACGAUCGAAACAGCUCUUCUACUUCAAAUGUGGUGACUUGUGGUGAUAACUUUUGCACUAAAUACGGAGAAAAUCAUGAGAUGUCCCAGUGCAAUAAGCCAGAUGAUAAAUGCGACUACCUGAUUCAAUACGGAGAUGGAAGUUCAACUUCUGGAUACUUUGUCAAGGAUGAUGUGCAAUUUCAGAAAGCCAGCGGAAACUUUCAAACAUCCUCCACUAGUGCAUCUAUAGUAUUCGGGUGCGGGACUAACCAAUCCGGCUUGUUAAAUAACCCCAAUGUAGCAGUUUCCGGGCUACUUGGUUUUGGCCAGGCAAAUGUAACCCUGCUUGCACAGCUCUCAGCCGCAGGAAAGGUGAGGAAUAAAUUUGCACAUUGCUUGGAUAACUCGAAACAAGGUGGUGGAAUCUGGGCUAUAGGAGAAGUUGUCGAACCCAAAAUCAAGUACACGACACCUAUGGUACCAUAUAAGCUUCAUUACAAUGUUGUGUUGGAGAAAAUUGAGGUCGGAAGUGAUGUUAUGCAACUUCCGACUACUGGUGGCGAUGUUUCUGAUGUCAACAGUACGGGCCAAAAUACGGCAAUUUUUGACAGUGGUACAACACUGACUUUGUUACCGCCAGAGUUGCAGCAACAAAUAGAGGAGAAGAUACUGGCUAAGGAGCCUGGAUUGCAGGUGUAUAAAACUCAGGAGGACGAGUUUACAUGUUUUGAUUAUUCCGAAAACAUUGAUGAAAAGUUUCCUGUUGUCAAGUUCACUUUCAAGAAUUCCGCUACGUUGUUGGUGUAUCCUCAUGAUUAUCUGUUCUUGUUGAAAGAGGGUUCCUGGUGUCAUGGUUGGAUGAAAUCUCAACCUGGAUCAUCACAACCACCCGUCAUUCUUCUGGGAGAUAUGAUCCUUUCGAAUAAGGUAGUCGUAUAUGAUCUCGAACAGCAGGUCAUUGGGUGGGCUGAUCACAACUGUUCUUCAAGCAUAAAAGUGAAAGACGACGAGUCAGGGUCGGACUACUCUAUUCAGUACCACAAUCUGGCUACCUCAGAAUCUUCCGGCAUAUUGGGGUGGCUUAACCUUUAA